AUGGGAAUGUGGUUGGUAUGGAUAUUUGCUCUGGAUAAUAUAUUGUGUGCCUCGAAGGAAGAAGAGAAGAAAUGUGAACUACCUCGCAGGUUAGGCGAAAUGAACAUAAAAGAGAUAACAGAAAAGGUGGAGAUUGAUGGUCUGGAUACAAAGAUAAUAAUUCCAUUUAUUUUCCAUGAUGCAAAACCUGUGGUAUCGCCAAUUACAAGAUAUCGGGACAUAAGUCAGGAAGAAAGAAGAUAUGUUGAAGAGAUUAUUAAAGGCCUUCCAAAAUUGGUGUGGGACUCGAUGGUGUGGAUAUAUGUCCCAGGGUAUACUUGGUGGAUUAAGAGUUUGAUGGAUAACGUCUUCAAUGCAACUUCUUUCGAGGGUUUUAAUCCUGUUGAUUUGUACAAGAAGGCCAAGGGAAAAUCUGAAAUAAGAUUUGCGGACUUAGUGAUGAGCAUAUUCAGGUUUAACGGCAGGAUAGUGAAUAGGUUCGGGCAAAGACUUGUUCGUGAAGUGGAGGUUAAGAUAAAGGAGAUGUCGAAUGAAAUGCCUUCUUCAGAAAAGAAGGAGAAGGAGGAAAGGUUGAAUCAAAUCCUAGAGUAUGGUAAAAAAUUGUGCACUAGGGAAAAACAGGAGGAGAUGCUUAAGGCACAGAAAAUAGUGUGUGAUGCAUGCGUAUAUCUUUGGGAAAAGGGAUCAGAAGAUAGGGUAGCUAUUACUAUAAUGGUAUAUCUAAGAAACUUGGAAGUGCAAAUGAUAAGAUCAAGUAUGAAGAAGGUGAAGGUAGGAGAACCAUUAACGUUCUAUAUGAACCACGAGGUAUUGAUAAGUGCAUAUAAGGAAUAUAAGAUAGGUGUUGCAGGAGAAUUAGUCAAGCAAGUACUCAAAAACGAUAAGGAUAUUGAUUCAGAGAGUGUUAAUAGAGUAGUGUGUUCUAUUAGGGAGAGAGAAGAGGAUGAAAGAAAAAGAGCAGAAGCUGAGAGCGCUAGGAAUAGAGAAGAAUUGUUGAGAAUGGAAGAGAGGGAGAAGGGUAAAGAGAAGGGCUCUAAAGGAAAAGGCAGGAAGAAGAGAGGUAAGAAGGGUGCAGGAGAGGCUAAGGAGGAGAGUAAGGAAGAGGACAGAGGGGGAGAAGAGGAGGAGAGUGUAGAGGCAGAUGUUCCGGUAGAAGAGAUGGCGGUUGGGGGUGCCCGGCCCAAGAAGAAGAGUCCGAAAGAAGAGAGUAAAGGCGAGGAACGUUGUUAUAAGGUGCACAAGAGGGUUCUCCGGUGGAUGAAAAGUGCUGAAAGGAUUAAGUAUGAGCUGGAUAACGGAGAGGAAGAGAAGUGGAGAGGCAGGAGUAUUGAGGAGAUUGAGGAGCAGAAGGCACUACAUGACAUUAUAGAAGUGCUGAAGCUCCUCAGAAGCAAGGAGUGUGACAAGUUCUUUGUCCGGACUGGCAAGUACAUGAAGGGUGGGAGUGAGAGAUGGAAUAUGGUGGGAGUUGGGAUACUUGAGGAGGGAGGGAAGAAGAGAGUGGGAAAUGUAGAGGUUGGCCUUUUUGAGGGCAAGGGAGGGGAGAAUAUAAUCUACCAUCUGAUGUUCAAGCCCACAGACUUUGAAGAGGAAGGAGAAGGAGCAAGGCCAUCGUUUGGAAGGUGUGAUGGUGUGGAUGCGAUAGAGGAAGGGAGAAUCUCCGACAUGUCUGGGUUUCAGUAUCCUCCGGGCGUCCGAUCUGAAAUAACGAGUAGUGGGAGUGAGUUCAGGAUAGUGUGGAAGAAUCAGAGGGAUACCAGCUUGGUUCUCCGGAGUCUUACUGUUCUGCGGAUUCCUGAGAUCCGGUGA